UUCCUCUCCGGAACGGAAACGGAGAAUAUCCGUGGUGCACAGGGGCCACUGUGGAGGUGACCGAACCGUCGAAGGUAGAAUUAUUUUCUCUGUGCCUGAUAGCCCCUUGUUUGUCCGUGGUGGAUUUACUGACGGUAUAAAAGACGCUCUUCAUCGACAUGGGAGCUCAUCUUGUCCGAAGCUACAUUACAGAGCCGGACACCGAACCGGACCCCCAGAAGCCGCCCUCGUUCCCCCCGGAGUUCGGCUUUGAAGAGCGGAAAGAGAGGGAGAUGGUGGCCACCCAGGAGCAGAUGAACCUGGCCCAACUGCCAUUGGAGCAGCGGGACUACUGCGCCCACCACCUCCUCAAACUGCUGAAGUGCAAGAGGGACAACUGGCCCAACUUCCUGGCCUGCAAGCAUGAGAGGCAUGAGUGGGACUACUGCGAGCAUCAGGACUACGUGAUGAGGAUGAAGGAGUUUGAGCGGGAGCGACGGCUGCUGAUGAGGAAGAAGAGGAUUGAGGAAGCACAGGCUUCGUGAUCUCUCCCCAGAACCCGCAGCCACACCCCUGUACAUACCAGCGCCUCACUAAUAAAGUCUGUUGAACCUCACUCCAGCGUCUCUGCUCCUCUCUGCUCCUCUCUGUGUGUCUUCCUUUGAGAGGAGUGACACUCCCAAACAUUCAUUCUUGCUCUGGAGAAGCUGUGUUUGUGGAGAGAGUGAAAACUCCUGCGUCUUGGCCUCCAGCAUGGUCUUUGUGACCCACGCCGCAUCUCAGACCCCAAAACCACUCUCUCCCCACUGACGUUCUGUC